GCGGGUGGACUUCCCAGGAAACUUUUUUUUUUUUUUUAGCGUUUUCCUUCUUCGCUCAGUCGCUGCAGUUUUGACCUUAUUUUAAAAAGGACAACUGCAUCCCUAAAACGACAUACAUUUCUUGGCACCCCUUCUUGUGGACCUCCAGGAUAAACCGGUGUGAGGGGGUCGCAGGAAGGCCACGGAUGACCGAGGGAUUGUUUAUGUUGUUGGAUCUCCUAUAACGAGUUACAGUCGGUGCACACUUUAUAAAUUGAUCCCCAAUAAUGAGUGGACAUCCGCCGCAACGUCGGCAAGCAAACGUCGGUUCCAUACUCCUGACACCGCAGGAAAAUGACUGCCUUUUCAACUACCUUGGCAGGAAAUGCAUUGACUACAACUACAGAACACCCACAGUCCCUGUCCUCGGCCGUGGUGCAGCUGUACACCGCAGACAGGAACUCCAUCUGGAACAAGAGAGGCUGCGGGGUGGCCUGUCUGGUCAAAGACAACCCGCUGCGAUCCUACUUCAUCCGGGUGUGGGACAUCAAGGAGGGUAAGAUGAUGUUUGAACAGGAGCUGUACAACAACUUCAGCAUCUACCUCCCCAAACCUUACUUCAUCACAUUUACUGGAGAUAACUGCCAGGUGGGUCUGAACUUUGCCAGUGAGGAGGAGACGAAGCGCUUCCGCAGCCAUGUGAACGAGCUCAUCGGGAGAAGACAGAGGAAAUCUGAGAAGAGACGCGACCCUCCAAAUGGCCCGACGUUGCCCAUGGCUACGGUGGACAUCAAAAACCCAGAGAUCAGCAACAUGCAGCGUUACAACAACAACUCUCAGGUGAACAACAUCGUGCACUCGGCAUUCCCAAAGAGGGAGAAGAAGGGCAAGUCCAAGAAAAAGAGGCUGACCAAGGCAGACAUCGGCACACCCAGCAACUUCCAGCACAUCGGGCACGUAGGAUGGGAUCCAAAUACCGGUUUUGAUUUGAAUAACUUGGACCCAGAGCUGAAGAAUCUGUUCGACAUGUGCGGCAUCUCCGAGGCUCAGCUGAAGGACAAGGAGACCUCCAAGGUCAUCUACGACUUCAUCGAGAAGAAGGGAGGUGUAGAAGCUGUCAAAAAUGAGCUACGGAGACAAGCUCCUCCUCCUCCUCCAUCCCGAGGCGGCCCUCCUCCUCCUCCUCCUCCCCCCCACCACGCCUCAGCUCCUCCCCCACCUCCUCCCGCCCGGGGUCGAGGAGCCCCUCCGCCUCCCCCCCCCUCCAGAGCUCCUGUCUCCGCGCCCCCUCCUCCUCCUCCUCCUCCAUCCCGCCCGGGCAUGUCCGGUCCUCCUCCGCCUCCUCCUCCUCCCAGCAGAGGCUCCCUCCCUCCUCCCCCUCCUCCUGCCCAUGCCUCGAUCCACGUGGCUCCUCCCCCUCCGCCUCCUCCUGCCUCGAUGGAAGGACCUCCGCCUCCCCCUCCUCCUCCACCUCCUCCUGGUCCUCCUCCCCCCGCCCCCCCACCCCCCAUGGAGGCUAACGAAGGAGAGGUGCCCAAGUCGGCCCUGCUGAGUCAGAUCAGAGAGGGACGCCAGCUGAAGAAGGUGGAGCAGAAAGAGCGGCCGGUGUCCAACAACACGGGCAGAGACUCGCUUCUGGUGCAAAUCCGACAAGGAAUCCAACUCAAAGUGAGGGAAGAAAAUAGCGAUUCGGCUCCUUCCACCCCCGCCCUGUCGGCAGGCAUCGUGGGGGCCCUGAUGGAGGUGAUGCAGAAACGCAGCAAGGCCAUUCACUCCUCAGAUGAGGACGAUGACGAUGAAGAUGAUGAAGACUUUGAGGAUGAUGAUGAGUGGGAUGACUAGCGAUAUUUCAUCUUUUGAUCCUACCCUCCCUUAUCCGUGGAUAACACUAAAAUAGUUCUUAAAAGAAACUUUAAUUACAAAACUCUAACUGUAAAUGUUCUAUCAACUUGCUGUAUAUUUGUGUUGCCUUUUAUGCUUAUUUUUUUGUAUUAAUCUGUGCAAUACCUCAUUUAAUCUGUGAUUGUUUGACAUUUUCAUAUCUUAGGUCAUUGUUUCUCUAUCUCCAUCUUGUCUGCCGGCUCCAUUAUGUGUCUUCCCAUCUCUCUGCACCCUUACCUCCAUCUGUCGCUUCAUAUCUGCCUCCUCUCAUCGCACAUGUUUCCUCUGCCAUGUCCCCAGAUUAACAUGUGCAGUUCUUCAGGAAAUUGUCUAUUUUUCUUUAGGUCAGUGGGUGAAGGGAGGGCUUAGUCGCCACAAAUCCUUCAUCAAUCGUGUCUUCAAUGUCCGUCAGGAGGGAAAAAACUAUUUUCGUAACCGAUUGCUCUCUAGUUUAUUUGUACUUAUUCAAAGGAACCUAGUUUAGCACUCGUAUUUUCUUAAAAGAAAGAAGGAAAAAAAUACUAAAAUGCUCUUUUUUGGAAUAUAUAGCUUCAUUCGCUGUCGACUGUACAUUUGCUCCAGAGUUUGAGUCUUGUUAUAUUUUUGCACAGAUUGAAAGAGGAGACUUGGCGCAUGAAUACAGGACAUUUUGAGAUCUGUAUCAUUUUGGAACAUAUGCUUUAAGAACCCAAUACACUACAAACAGUAUAGCCUACACAUGUAGGUAGCCCACAGUGUUAUGUUCGGCUAUUCAUUGUGAAUUAUUGUUAUUUUUUUGUUACUGUUACACUACAGGUUCAAUUGAAAUUGUGCUUCUUUUCUUUUUAUCUUUUUUUCGGAGUAUUAAUAAAUGACUGUUUGUUGGAA